GUAACCUUACAGAUUUGUUGGGAAUGUAAGUAAUCAAGAUUAAGAUGUUUACUGGUUUCUAACAUAUGAGCCAUUAAAAGAGCUUUCCAACUUCAAACACAGUCUCAAAAUUCUCUCCUAAACUCUUCUCUUCCUUGAACCUAUCAUGGGAGUAGCCAAUAACAUAACAGCAGUUCUCAACUUCGUAGCCUUCCUCUGCUCCAUCCCCAUCAUGGCAGCUGGCAUCUGGCUCGCCCAACAGCCUGACAACGGCUACAUCCACCUUUUGUGAUGGCCAGUCGUUCUCCUUGGUUUCCUCAUCCUCCUUGUCUCUCUUGCUGGCUUUGUCGGUGCCUACCGCAACAAGGAAACACCGUUGGCCUUCUAUCUUUGCUGCAUGGCCAUCCUCAUUGGUCUCCUCCUCAUCUUGCUGGUAUUUGCCUUCAUCGUUACCAGACCUGAUGGGAGCUACGGUGUGCCUGGAAGGGGUUACCAGGAGUAUAGGCUUGAUGGCUACUCUAGCUGGCUUACAAACCAUGUAGUUGACUCCAAGAGCUGGAAUAAGAUCAGGGAUAGUUUGGCUGACACCGAUGUCUGUCCUAAGUUGACUCAACAGUUCAUCACCGCUGAUCAGUUUUUUGCUACUCAUCUCUCUCCUCUUCAGUCAGGGUGUUGUAAGCCUCCAACAAUAUGUGGCUACACUUUUGUGAACCCAACGUUGUGGACAAACCCGGUGAACCCAGCAGGGGACCCUGACUGCAACCUAUGGAGCAAUGACCAGACCCAACUCUGCUAUAACUGCAACUCAUGCAAAGCUGGUCUGCUGGGGAACCUGAGGAGAGAAUGGAGGAAAGCCAACAUAAUUCUCAUUGUGGCAGUGGUGGAACUAAUAUGGGUCUAUAUCAUUGCUUGCAGUGCCUUCAAGAAUGCCCAAACGGAGGACCUCUUCAACCGCUACAAACAGGGUUGGACUUAAAAAAUAAAAUAAAAUAACCUUUGGUUCAAUGUGUCUGUUGUAUGUAUUCCAAUGUUAUGGUUCUUAUAUCUAGAAAAUGCGUGGACAGUGAGGAAGGGUACUUAUUACACUGUAAUUAAUGAAAACGAGAAUACAAUUUCAAAUUAUCAACUUCUUCACGACUAUAAGGUUCUUG